AUGGCGACAAGCUUCAAAGUGUAUUUGAUUAAUCUGAUGUCUUAUUCUCAUAGCAAACUCUAUAUCGAGAGUCUACAACGUUCUGUUAAGGUUCAUCGGAGACGAAGAGAGUGUAUGGUUAAACAGUCCCGGUCCGAUAUUGAUAAUCUCCUUCUUAAUGAUCGCUUACCCGAAGCACUUCCUAAGACGAAGCAUUUCUAUGAGGACGAGAAAAGGUUAUCAGCUUACGAUCAGGUCGAGUACUUCUGCACAUCCAUAUUACGGAAUUUUUCUCUUCUAAAUCGUCAAAGCGAUGUUCAUCUCUUACCAAAAGAAACUAAAGAAGCAAUGGCCGGACUGAUAUUUGUCGCAUCAAGAAUAGGCGGCGAGCUUAAGGAGCUUCAAAUUAUAAGGAGCUUGUUUGUUAAAAGAUUUGGGCUUGAGUUUGACAAAGAUUGUGUAGAUUUGCGUCCAGGACACUUAUUUCAGAUAAUUUGCUCGGACAAUCGGACCUAUAUCUUAUCUGAUGUUGCAGUCAACCAAAAUGGAGAGUCUACAUCAUCAGCUCGUGUUUGGUGUUCAUCUUUCUUUCAUCCGUAA